ACGAACGGACGUCCGUACGGUGCUUCCUCGUACCUCUCUCUCCUAGGGCACAGGGUUUCCGUGCUCUCGAAGCGCGCAGCAUGCGAGCGAUCGAUCGAUCGAUUGGAUUCCUGCGAGCGCAAUGGUUUGUUUCGAUCCUUUCGUGAGUGGGCGUUUAGAUUCGUGAGCAAGGGUUUUUUUCUUGUGAGAGAAAGAGAUCGGGCAUUGUGGUGUCAAAGUUUUGGAAGAAUGUAGCGCGUUGUGUAGAGAGAAUCCGGCCGCUUUUGGAAAUGUGAGAAACUUUGUGGAGAUUUUUGGGGAAUGUGGGUGAGAGAAGAAACAUUGACACAGUAAUGGUUUUCGUUCUUUUUUCCCUUUCUUCUUUCUUAUCAGAGGUCUAGUUUGAGGGAGAAAACAGUGUGAAGAACGAGUAAGACGAACGAAAGAAGAAGAAGAAAUAGAGGAGAGACGAUGGAGAAGUGAUGUAGCCACUGUUUCCAUGACGACGUCUCCGAGAACAAUGAGUAGCGAUCCGGAGGAUUCGAGUUGCUAUUCUUCGCCUUACGAGACCAACAGAUAUCAGUCACCGAGCGAGAGAAGAAAUGUGGCAGUCGAUCAGGGAGGAGUUUCUUACGUGUUUGAGCCGUUCAUGGAGACCAGCUUGGCAAUGGAGAAGCCGGACGUUGUGGGGAUUGGUGGAGGUGCUUGGUUGCCUCCGACUGCCCCAGUGGAGCCACCCCGGCCUCAGACGUGUCCCCCGCUCGAGUUCCAGCUUCCAAAGCGACUUAUCAUUGCUGCUCGCGACAAGGAAUCGCUGCUGGAGGAGGUGAUCACGUUGAAAACCGAGCUCCAGCACCAGAAUCGCAAGAUUGCUGCUCAGAGGAUUCAAGCCUCGACGGUAGAGAACGAGAACAGGAAACUUGAAAAAGAUCUUGAGGAUUUGGAGCUGCAACGAACUGAUGCUCGCAGAACUGGCGGCCCUGAGAGGUUACGUAGCAAAGUUUAUGGAUUGAAAACUAGACUAGAAGAUCUUCACAUGGUUUGUGAAGAACAACGCGAUGAGCUUUUCACACUGAGGAGAGAUGUUCGCCUAACGCGCUCCAGAGAACUGGAGGUUGAAAGAAAUGUGUUUGCCGAUGAAAUUAUCAGGCUGCUGAAAUACAUGAAGCGCUUGAAAGCGGGGCAGAACAAGCUGAGUUGUGAGAACAGAGAACUCGCGCUUGUGAAGGACAAAGCAGUACUAUUGGAGAUUGCAAACAAGCGUCUCGAGAGCUGUCUAACAGUAAGCUUCUUCUUUUGCAAGACAAUUUUCACAGGCUUGGCUUUGCUGCAGGCGAUUCACAAGAAUCUAGAGAAAACGAAGCAAGAAACUGCUGCGUUCAAGCAAAAGGCACUGGAAACGAGCAAUUCCAACAAGGCGGACGAGAAGAGACGGAGGGAGCUGGAAGACAAGGCAGCAAAGCUAACCGAGCAGCUAGACACCGAAACAGCCGAGAAGGAAAAGUGGGUCAGGAAAGCUAGCAAACUGGAGAACGAGAUCAGGAAGCUCUCCAAAGAGCUACGUGAGGCCGAGGCAGCCAAGGCCAAGUUCGAGCUACUCAACACUUCCAAAAGCCCGCCAACUCCUCCUCCACCAGCUGCGAAGAAGGCUGCAACUGCUCCUGCAGCUCCACCAUCGCCUCCACCGCCAGCAGCUGGAAAGAAGGCUGCUGCUUCUCCAGCAGCUCCACCAUCGCCUCCACCGCCAGCAGCUGGAAAGAAGGCUGCUGCUUCUCCCGCAGCUCCACCAUCGCCUCCUCAAGCAGGAAAGAAGGUUGCUGCCGCUCCAGCAGCUCCAGCAUCACCUCCAGUGGCAGCCAAGAAGGCUCCUGUCACUCCGGACAAAUCUGCCAAGGUAUGGUGAAACACUCAAGUCAAGGACCAAACAAGAGUCCUAGAAAUGGCUACCACACGGAUCAUAAG